AUGCUACUACACGAAUAUCUUGACGAGGGAAAUUUACUCACCAAAACACCCACGGCCCAGCAUAGUUUUUGGGUCCCUAAAUUAUCUGGAGCUCCUAAGGAUUGGGCGUUGAGUCGCUCCAGGGCGACAGCCCGAGCCGGAAAACUCGUGCUACAAAGCACGCUGUCCGGAACGGCCACCAGAGGCCACUCCAACGGGACGGACGACGUAAAAAAUGGUGUAAAAAGCUUUCGUUUUCGAUUUGACUACCAGGUGAAGACGAAUUCACCCAAGACCCAUCCGACGCAAGUUAGUCAUGGCUAG